GCAGCACCAGUUUAGCUGACGAUGUCGACGAGAAGAAAAAGGUGCCGGUCUGUUUGGCUAGCGACCCACAGAAACGGAACAAUUCGUUUGAGUCCUCAUGAAAAAUUGCUUCACCCGAUUUGGACAGUUUUCUCCUUUGUAUCGUUCACAUAAUAGGCGCUGGAAGAUAACAGAUACCAGACAUCAGAUACCAGACACCAGACACCAGAUACCAGACACCAGACACCAGAUACCAGAUACGACACCAGACACCAGAUACCAGACACCAGAUACCAGAUACCAGAUACCAGACACCAGACACCAGAUACCAGACAUCAGAUACCAGACACCAGAAACCAGAUACCAGAUACGAGAUACCAGAUACCAGAUACCAGACACCAGACACCAGAUACCAGAUACCAAACACCAGAUACGAGAUACCAGAUACCAGCCACCAGAUACCAGACCACAGAUACCAGAUACCAAACAUCAGAUACCUGAUACCAGAUACCAGAUACGAGAUACCAGAUACCAGAUACCAGACACCAGAAACCAGAUACCAGAUAAAGAGAUAACAGAUACCAAUACCAGAUACCAGACACCAGACACCAGAUACCAGACACCAGAUACCAGACACCAGAUACCAGACACCAGAUACCAGAUACCAGACACCAGAAACCAGAUACCAGAUAAAGAGAUAACAGAUACCAAAUACCAGAUACCAGAUACCAGAUACCAGAUACCAGACACCAGAUACCAGAUUCCAGAUACCAGACACCAGAUACCAGAUUCCAGACACCAUAUACCAGACAUCAGAUACCGGAUACCAGAUACCAGAUACCAGACACCGGAUACCAGAUACCAGAUUCCAGACACCAGAUACCAGAUACUAGACAUCAGAUAUCAGACACCAGACACCACAUAUCAGAUACCAGAUACCAGACACCAGAUACCAGACACCAGACAUCGGAUACCAGAUACCAGAUAA